AUUUAUGCUCCUAAAUUUACCCGGCAAACGCAAGCGUUGCCUUAUCGUUGAUGCGCUUCAUCUGUGGUACGACGACGACACCGAAAUCAGCGCGUUUGUAUUCGGGUCUCUCGCACUCUGCAGUCUGUGACUGGGAGAAGGAAGCAGAACGUUGAUUCAAGUGCAUCUUGGGAGGGAGUGCAUUCUAACAAUAGAGUUAAUAAACUAUAGAGGACGAAUGUCGCUGCUGUUCCCUUUGUUCUCGCUCGCAAACAUGUCGGAUUGAUUACGGAUUGGUUGGAUCCAGCGUGAUACCAUCAUCAGAUCAGGACAAGUGGCUUUUGGCAACACUACAGGACACGAGAUGCCUAAAACUAAGAACAACACCGCCGAAGUCGAAAAUGGGGACAAAUCUUCGUCGCCCGCUGAGUCAACAACGGCCUCAUUAUCGUCUUCGGCUGGGACUCCGGUUCUUCCGCCGGAGAGUGACAACAUUUCGACCCGUGUCGGGACCAGAACCAAGAAAGCAAAAGUAGUGUUCGAUCCAUCGGACAACUACAUACCGAGGAAACGGGUUCGCAAAGCGGAUUUAGCACUUUCGGAACCGCCCGUUGGUUCCUCUUCGUCCAAAUCGGACAAUCAGAUUCCCAAAUCACCAUCCAAGUCGGAUGCGUCCGCCGAAAGCAGCAACAAUGGCACAGGGACCAAGCCGCGCCUGACGCUGAGUCCGGCCACGGUCAGCACCACCACCAGCUACAACCGGCCGAAAGUGCUUGGCGGUGGUCCAUCGUCAUCGUCUUUGUCGUCGUCGUCGUCGGAAGCAGCCCGACUGGCGGGGUCAGCCGGUGGUGUGGCUGGAAGUUUGGCGUUGACAUCUGGCGGUGGCAGCGUUGGGGGCAUCAAACGGGAACCCAAUUGCGACAUGUGUCACAAGGUGGAACAGCAGCGCCGCGGAUUUAAGCUGAUCGAUUGCUCCAACUGCUCUUUUCGAGCACAUUCAAAAUGCUUGCGAGCUCAUCCCGUCUAUCAGAAAUUUCCGAUUCGGCUUAACUUUCGCUGUUUCCAGUGUAUCGAGUGCGUCGUUUGUGGAAAAUCGUUACGAGGCGGAAAUCUACUUUACUGCUGCGAUUGCCAAAAUGCAUUCCACGCAAAUUGCCACGGACCGUCCAAUGACAGCAGUCCCUGGGUUUGCAAACGCUGCCAAGGUGUCAUCAGCCCCGUCAAGCAGUCUCGAUCUCAACCCGAAAAGCAAUCCUCAACGGUCAUUGAACGUCCGGAAUCGGCAGACAAUGCCGAUGAUGAAGCACACCAGGAAUUUGCCGGAUUCAGUGACAAUGAGAUACGAAAAGAUUCUUUUUCUUUGUCGGAUUCAGGUCCGGUGAACGAUAGUAUCGUUCAGCCGGAAGACAUGGAAGACGACGACGAUGAUGAAGAUGAGGAGGAGGACGAUGAUCAGCAGGACGAGGAUGAGGAGGAAGAGGAAGAAGCCGAUGAGAUGGAACCGACCGAUCAGAAUGACACCACUGAGGAGAACAACGAUGUGGAUAACGUCGAGGAAAAGUUCGAUCCCCGGUUGGACAAUUUUGAGGACAUUCAGAACUGGUCUUGCGAAGAUGUGUUUCAGUACUUCAAACAUUAUUUCCCGGAUUACGCUCAUUUGUUCAAAGAACAGGAAAUUGACGGACCAUCCCUAGUUCUGAUGAGAAAAUCGGAUGUCCUGUCCGGGUUCGGAUUGAAACUAGGACCAGCAAUAGCCCUCUACCAGCGGAUCGUCAUGAUGCAGAACAAUGAUAGGGAUUUCCGCUUGACUUGGAUUUAAAGUGCUAUUGAGCGCGAGAUUUGAACUAUAAGUUUUGGAGUCAAAAACUACGUUUGAUAAGUUUUGAGUUUUAAGAUAAUGAUUUAUUAGCUUGUAGUAAAGUUAUAUAACUGAACUUUUUUUGCUGGCAUGCAAGGAGUUCGAAAAGUUUCUCACUGAAUAAACACGACGUUCGUUCAAAUUAGGAA